AGCGCUCAGCUGACUCGAGAGGAGGAAUCAUCGCGCGCAAGGAAUCAAGGGGAAAACAGCGAUGGCGGCGGAGAUCCAUUCCAGGCCUCAGAGCUCCAGACCCGUCCUGCUGAACAAGAUCGAGGGCCACAGCGACGGAGUGAACGCGGCCGUGCUGAUCCCGAAGGAGGAUGGAGUUAUCACGGUCAGCGAGGACAGGACGAUUCGAGUUUGGCUGAAGCGGGACAGUGGACAGUACUGGCCCAGCAUCUACCACACUGUGUCCUCUCCGUGCUCCUGUAUGUCAUAUCACCAUGAGAGCAGGCGGAUCUUCAUAGGCCAGGACAACGGGGCUGUUGUGGAGUUCCUCAUCUCAGAAGACUUCAACAAAAUGAACCAUGUCAAAACAUACCCAGGUAAAACCAGAGGCUUGUGGGAAGUGAUCUACUUACUUUGGGAGAGUCAGUGGGUGAUCAGUACAGGUCAUGAUAAAAGCAUCUGCUGGAUGAGCACUCAGAGCGGCUCUAUGCUGGGACGCCACAGCUUCGGCUCAUGGGCUUCCUGUUUACAAUAUGAUAGCGAUACCCAGCAUGCCUUUGUGGGAGAUCAUUCAGGGCAGAUCACUCUGCUGAAACUGGACGAACAGACAUGUUCUGUCAUUACUACACUAAAGGGACAUGAAGGUAGUGUUGGUGCGUUAUAUUGGGAUCCGGUUCAGAGGUGGUUGUUUUCCGGAGCGUCUGAUAACAGUGUGAUCAUGUGGGACAUUGGUGGCAGACAGGGACGCACAUUACUACUGCAGGGACACCAUGAGAAGGUCCAGGCACUGUGGUAUCUGCCGCUGACCCAUCAGCUGGUGUCCUGCUCUGCUGAUGGAGGAAUAACAGUGUGGAACAUGGAGACAACACGAGAAGAGGCUCCUCAGUGGCUGGACAGCGAUUCCUGUCAGAAAUGCAGACAGCCGUUUUUUUGGAAUAUAAAGCAGAUGUGGGACUCUAAGACCCUGGGGCUCAGACAGCAUCACUGCAGGAAGUGUGGUAAGGCGAUUUGUGGGAAGUGUAGUUCUAAACGCUCCACGUACCCCAUCAUGGGCUUUGAGUUCCAGGUGCGCAUGUGUGACGACUGCUACGACACAAUCAAAGAGGAAGAUCGGACUCCUCUGGCUACGUUUAAUGAAGGGAAACACAACAUCGCUCACAUGGACAUGGACCUGAGCCGAGGACUGAUGGUCACGUGUGGGAGUGAUCGAGUUGUUAAGAUCUGGGACAUGACGCAGGUGGUGGGCAGCAGUGUAGCGGCGGGAUUUUGUCCUCCUGUGGAGUCUGUGCAAAACGGACACUUCAACACGGUGUAUGUGAAUAUGUGUGUCGUUGGAAUGCUCCUUGAUUUUAUGAAUCUGGCUUUCAUGUCUCUUAUGAGGUAUGAUGACCUGGAUUUGAGCGAACAUGAACUCAAGAAGUACCACUCUAACACAGGAAGUAUUCCUUCAUCCAACAUCCUGUUUCUUCUUCAGCCAUCUUUCUUGUUUAUCCUUUUUACCCUUUUUGAAUUUGAAUGCUACUACUGGUCAUAG